AACUUCAAGUACUUGGAUUAUUCACGCAUAGCAAUAGGUGUACUUGAUAUAAUAAAGAGUACCGCAUAGAAUAAUAAAUAAUAAUUAAUAAAUAAUAAAAGUAAUAGUUAUUAAAAAUAUAUAUUAUUUAAAAAAUGGAGCCGUACGACGUGAUAGUAAACCAACCCGUCGUCAUUGAUAACGGUUCUGGGGUAAUUAAGGCCGGAUUUGCUGGAGACCAAAUACCUAAAUGUCGUUUUCCAAAUUACAUUGGAAGGCCAAAGCACGUGCGAGUUAUGGCCGGAGCACUCGAAGGUGAUUUAUUUGUCGGUCCAAUAGCUGAAGAACAUCGCGGUCUGCUGUCCCUGCGCUACCCAAUGGAGCACGGGAUCGUGACAGACUGGAACGACAUGGAAAGAAUCUGGUCUUACGUAUACAGCAAAGACCAGCUAUCAACCUUCGUCGAAGAGCACCCGGUUCUCCUGACCGAGGCACCACUCAACCCGCGAAUAAAUCGAGAGAAGGCUGCGGAAAUAUUUUUCGAGUCCUUCAACGUGCCCGCGUUGUUCAUCUCCAUGCAGGCAGUCCUCAGUCUUUAUGCAACCGGACGCACUACUGGAGUUGUCCUCGACGCCGGAGACGGUGUCACGCACGCAGUUCCUAUUUACGAGGGUUUCGCGAUGCCACACAGCAUCAUGAGGGUAGACAUCGCCGGGCGCGACGUCACGAGGUACUUGAGGCUGCUGCUACGCAAAGAAGGCGUCAAUUUCAAAACGACAGCUGAGUUUGAAAUCGUGCGGACAAUCAAAGAACGUUCCUGCUAUUUGUCCAGCAAUCCACAGAAAGAAGAGACCGUGGAAACAGAAAAGUUCCAGUAUAUUUUACCUGACGGCAGUUCUCUAGAAAUCGGACCAGCAAGAUUUAGAGCACCGGAAGUAUUAUUCAGACCAGAUUUAAUCGGGGAAGAGUGCGAAGGUUUACACGAAGUCCUCAUGUACUCGAUUCAAAAGUCUGAUUUAGAUUUACGCAAAGUUUUGUUCCAAAAUAUCGUACUUUCUGGUGGUUCAACAUUAUUUAGAGGAUUCGGUGACAGAUUACUAUCAGAAAUACGUAAAAUGGCGCCAAAGGAUAUUAAAAUAAGGAUAUCUGCACCUCAAGAACGUCUCUACAGUACAUGGAUCGGAGGAUCAAUUCUAGCGUCACUGGACACAUUCAAAAAAAUGUGGGUCAGCAAACGCGAGUACGACGAAGACGGCGCGAGAGCGAUACACCGCAAGACAUUUUGAACAAUCGUUAUUAUUUAUUAUUGCGAUUGUUUUAUUUAUAAAUUAACAUGAAUUUUAAUUUUUAUAACAAUGCUCGGCACAAUGUACAUCCUCUUUAUUUAUUUUAUUUUUUCAUAUCAAACGUACAAUCUUGUACAGAUUGAGACCCAGUUAUUAUUUUGAAUUAUUUUUAUUACAAAUUCAAAUUUAAUCAAUAAGUUUAUUAAAGUUUCGAUCUACGGUCUAUCCAAAUAAUAUGUUUUGAAAUUUAUAUUUGUAUUAUUUUUUUUUUAUACUCACGAUAUUAAUAUUUAAUUACAUUAGUUAAGUAAUUUAAUUAAUUAAUUAUUUAAAUUAAUUGAUUAAAUAAUUUGUGUCAUUUAUAAAGUUUUGUCAAAUAUUUAAAACAAACUUGAACGCUUUACUAUACAAAAAUU